GGCGGGGUGCGGUGCGGGCAGCACCGGGAGCGGUCACCGGCACCGGGCGCUGCUCGGAUCCCGUUGGUGCCGUGUGUCCCCCCCCCCUCCGGUCUCCUCUUACCGCAGUCCCGGUGCUUCCUGCGCUGUCUCCGGUGUUCCCUUGGCCCCAGCACCAUGUCCGUGAGCAGCCACGAGAACCGGAAAUCCCGUUCGAGCUCCGGCUCCAUGAACAUCCACCUGUUCCACAAACCGGCCCACGCCGACAGCCUCCUGACCCACCUCAACCUGCUCCGCCAGCGGCGCCUCUUCACCGACGUGGUGCUGCGAGCGGGGAACCGGAGCUUCCCCUGCCACCGGGCGGUCCUGGCCGCCUGCAGCCGCUACUUCGAUGCCAUGUUCAGCGGGGGGCUGAAGGAGAGCAGGGACACCGAAGUCAACUUCCACGACUCCCUGCACCCCGAGGUGCUGGAGCUGCUGCUGGACUAUGCGUACUCUGCACGGGUGCUGAUCAACGAGGAGAACGCAGAGUCCCUGCUGGAGGCUGGGGACAUGCUGCAGUUCCAGGAUAUCCGCGAUGCUUCCGCUGACUUCCUGGAGAAGAACCUGUCCCCCGGUAACUGCCUGAACAUGCUGCUGCUGUCCGAUGCCCACUGCUGCGAGCGGCUGCUGGAGCUGUCCUGGAGGAUGGCGUUGGCCCAUUUCACCUCCCUCUGCAAGACCGAAGACUUCCUGCGGCUGCCCAAGGACAAGCUGCUGGAGCUGGUGGAGAGCGAGGAGCUGGAGGUGGAGGAUGAGACGUUGGUCUAUGAGGCUGUUAUGGGUUGGAUCCGGUAUGAUUUGCCCCGGCGCCAUGAAGUGCUGCCCGAGCUGCUGCGCUCGGUGCGCCUGGCCCUGCUGCCCGAGUCCUACCUGCGCCAUCAAGUGGCCUGCGAGAAACUGGUGACCAGCCACAAACUGGGCGAGGAGAUCGUGGCUGAUGCCGUCCGGUGCAAGAUGAAGCUCCUGCAGAACGACGGCCUGGUGACCGGCUGCUGUGCCCGACCCCGCAAGCUCAGCCAGGCCCUGCUGCUGCUGGGGGGCCAGACCUUCAUGUGUGACAAGAUUUACAUGCUGGAUCCUACAACCAGCGAGAUCAUCCCCCGUGCUGACAUCCCAAGCCCUCGCAAGGAGUGCAGCGCCUGUGCCAUCGGCUGCAAGGUGUACAUCACCGGUGGCAAAGGCUCCGAGAACGGCACAUCCAAAGACGUGUGGGUUUAUGACACCCUCCACGAUGAAUGGGCAAAAGCUGCUCCCAUGUUGGUGGCACGGUUUGGCCACGGCUCUGCCGAGCUGGACCACUGCCUGUACGUGGUGGGGGGGCACACGGCAGGGAGCGCUGCCUUCCCAGCCUCUCCUUCCGUCUCCCUCAAGCAAGUGGAACACUAUGACCCACAGCUGGACAAGUGGUCCUUGGUGGCUCCUCUCCGUGAAGGCGUCAGCAAUGCUGCCGUGGUUGGGGCCAAGAUGAAGCUGUUCGUCUUCGGUGGCACCAGUGCCAACCAGGACAAGCUGCCCAAGGUGCAGUGCUUUGACCCGUGCCAGAACCGCUGGACGGUGCCCACAUGCUGCCCGCAGCCCUGGCGGUACACGGCUGCUGCUGUGGUUGGCAUCCACAUCAUCGUCAUCGGUGGGGACACCGAGUUCUCGGCCAGCUCCGCUUACCGCUUCCAUAGCGACACCUUCCAGUGGUCCAAGUUUGGGGAUGUCACCGGGAAACGCAUCAGCUGCCGCGCUGUGACCUCGGGGAACAGACUGUAUGUGGUUGGGGGGUACUGUGGGGCUCAGCGCUGCAAGACACUGGAUUGUUAUGACCCAGCAUCCGACACGUGGAGCAGCAUCACCACUGUGCCUUACUCCCUCAUCCCCACCGCCUUCAUCAGCACCUGGAAGUACCUGUCUGCCUGAGGCACAAGGACAUGGGAGGUAAUAGGUGUGGGUCAACCCAGAGCUCCUCUCUGUGCUGCGCAAGGGGUGAACCCGGAGGGGCAGAGGGAUAUGGAAGCAGAUUGGGACUGGAGUUGUAGGGAACAGAGCAUCCCAAACGUGCUCCCAGGCUGGUGGUUUGAUGUAAAGCUCUGCGGGAGGGAGAACAAACGUCUCUUUAGGUGCUGAAAAGCUGCGGGGAGAAGAUUAGUAUUAAUAACAGCCACUUAAGCUGGCAUCCCAGCCCUUCCACUGCUGCUUGGCCUAUGCAAAGACUCUGGGGAAUGCUGUCUGUGGGGAGGAUUGGGUGUCAGCCCUGGUGCAGAAGGCUCCUCAGUCGCUGGUUGAGACCCAGCGGUGCCAUGGGAGGCUGCUUUUAGCACAGCCUCCUCCUCCUCCCGGUGCCAUGGUUAAUCUGGUGGCACCCAGAUGUCUUGCGGGAGCUGGUGCCAGGGCAAGAUUAGAGCUGGGAUUUAGUCCCAGAAUGGUUGGUAAUGGCGUUUGCAAGACAAGCCCUGUCUGCAUAUAAACACAGGGUUUCUCUGCUUCUAAUUAUUCCCUGGUGUCCCUUUCAUGCCAUUUCCUGCCUGUAACACAGCCAUUAACUCGUUGGAAGUUUGCAGCUGGAAUGGAGCCUUUCUAAAGGCAGGAAAAGUGCCAGAACAUCACAGAUCCCUGCAGGGUUUUUCUUCUUUCCCCCUUGCAAGAGAUGAAUUACCCAAAGGAGCUUCCUUAAGGUGAUGGAGCAUCCAUGCUGCCUAUAGGAAACCCCUGGGUGCAGAGGGCAAUGGGCAGCUUCACACCUCAUUGUGCCAGUGCCUCUCCCAAGGCUCCAGGCAGAAGACAGGGGCAGCAGGAGCCUCCUGGUACCCAGCAAGUCUGACCUGGAUGCAUGGAUCUCCUUGGCAUCAGAGGGGGAACCAGAGGAAGGUUCUGGGUUAAGCCUUACUGGGAUGGACUCAGGAAGCUCCCAAGUCACUGGCAGCAGGCUCUGGACUGUGCUGCUGCCUGCAGAUGUCUUCACACGUGACAGUGCUUUGCCCAUGGGCUGGUUCUGUGCUUUCUAUGUUAAUAUAGAGCAGUUGUGUGUGUUUAUUACUCAGCCUGGAGCUGCUUCAAUAAACCCCAAUAAAACCCA